GAGUGGAUCCCCCACAGUCACGCACGAACACACGAAGAGAGCGCGCGGGGAUGUGUGCGAUCUGAGGACAGCAGAUUUACACAACAGACGGAGAAUCAGCAUCAUGACCAGGUCUGUGCGAGACGAGCAGGCGUCGGUGGAGUCGGACGAGCAGCAGCAGCUUCACAGCCCGUUAGAAGGAGAGAUGGAGCGGGAAGGAGGAGGAGGGGAAGAGGAGGAGGACCCCCUCCACCGCCUGGAGGACGAAGAGGAGGAAGAGGAGGAGGAGGAAGAUGAGGAGGAGGACGGAGAGAAUAAACCCAAGAGACGAGGGCCAAAGAAGAAGAAGAUGACGAAGGCUCGUCUGCAGAGGUUUAAAGUUCGUCGUAUGAAAGCCAAUGCCAGAGAGAGGAACCGGAUGCACGGUCUGAAUGAUGCUCUGGAGAGUCUGCGGAAAGUGGUUCCUUGUUACUCGAAAACACAGAAAUUGUCCAAAAUCGAGACCCUCCGCCUCGCCAAGAACUACAUCUGGGCCCUGAGUGAAAUCCUACGCUCAGGGAAGGCGCCAGACCUCAUGAGCUUCGUCCAGGCCCUCUGCAAAGGUUUGUCUCAGCCAACCACCAACCUGGUUGCGGGCUGCCUCCAACUGAAUCCUCGUACUUUCCUGCCGGAGCAGACCCCUGACAUGCCGACUCACCUUCCCCCAGCUGGAGCUGUCGCCUACCCUGGACACUUCUCCUACCAGAGCCCCGGACUGACGGCCGGCCUGCCCAGCCCACCCUACGGCUCCAUGGAUCCCUCCCACAUCUUCCACCAGGUCAAAGGGCAGCCCUACGGCCCGCUGGAGCCCUUCUUUGACGGCGUCCUAGUGUCAGACGGCCCAGCGUUUGACCCGCCCCUCAGCCCACCACUUAGCAUCAAUGGGAACUUCACGUCCUUCAAGCAUGAGGCCGUCUCAGCCGCCGACUACGAUAAGAGUUUCUCCUUCAGCGUUCAUUAUGGAGGAGGAGGAGGAGGAACAGGAGGACACCCGGGCAUCUAUGGUGGAGGAGGAACCAACUCACGGUGUGCUGACCUGCAGUUGGACGGGCUGAUGGGCUUUGACGGACACUCACACCACGAGCGGCUGAUGAACGCCCAACUGAACGCCAUCUUCCAUGACUCCUGAGGAAGAGGAGGAUGAAGGACUGAGAGGCUGAUGAAGGCAGAGAGAUGAGAAGAGAGAUUGUUACACAGAGAGACAAUUCUGUUAAUUUCUAUCACUUCAUCCUUUCUCUCUGUCUUCUUUCUUUUCUUCAUCAGUCUCUGUUACCCCUCCUCAGUUGGUCAUAAAAUGAUGUCACAAUGACGUCAGGUCGAUUAUGUAACCUUCGUUGUAGCGCUUCAUUCUGCAGGAGACGCUCUCUGAAUGUCUCUUUAUUAUCCAUAUUAUCAUUUAAAAAUAAUCAGUGAUCAAUAAGCAAUAAUCUGGAGGAAAACUAUGCAAUUUUGUUAAAGUUUGAGCAAAGCUCGGCUGAUAAUUCCAAAUGUUGAAAGAAUAAAGAUUUCUCUAUUUUUGGUCAGUGUGUGAGGCGGUGUGGAACCGGCGUUGGGCCGAAGUGUUCAUGUUGUUAAUGUGGUUUUUACUUUUUGCUUUUUAUAACGUUCCUGUAGCGUUUCUUUUAACAUUUCAUGUGACUCUCGUUUAUAUUUUAUAACAUAGAUGUUUAUGAAGGCCUUUCAUUAAAGGAAA